AGGCCACGCGUAAGUCAUUUUGUACUGCAGGAGCCGAGCGUGAGACAGUGUCGGUUUGGCUAGGACCAUGAUAAGUAGUGUAGUGAUCUUCUUUCGGUUAGCGUCAAAUGAUUGUUGAUUGUUUCCGCGCAAUGUGAUUGAUUAAUCAGUAGAAAACGGAGUACUACAUGAAAGUACUACAUUUUAAUAAUUUUUUUUGAACUUGGACCACCAACAGGUCCCACUAAUACUGUCCCAAUAACAAAGAUAUUUAUGUUCUUAUUGAUCUGUUUUAUGAAAUAUCCUGUCUUUGGUCUUCCUCGGUUUCUCAACAUUAAUAUUGAUUCAGUUAUGCUCUUAUUGAUUGAUUGUAUGAGACAAAAUGGACGAUAUUUUCAACAAGGCGUUUGCGACUGCGAGUGGCGGCAGUGGGGAGUUCGACCUCAGUGCCACUCUCUCCAGCAUCCAAAAUGCGGCAGCACAGAUGGUCAACUCACAGCAUGGCACAGAGGCGGUUGCCAAGGCUCUUCAGAGUAGCCCUUUAUUAAGCAAUCUCAUAGGCACGUCAGGGAGUGGAGCACCAGCAGCAGCAUCUUCGAUGGCUCCCGCAUCUUUGGCGCCAUCCUCGGGCGGAGCCCCGGGUCCACCGCAGAUGCAGCUGGUAAGCAACUUGAGUGCGCCUGCGGCGGACCUAUCAGCAGGUCCAAGUUUUGCAGAACAGAUGUCAUCGGAUGGCUUCGGUGCGUCGUAUCAUGAGAAUUAUGGACAAAAUAUAGGUGGCUUUUUAAAUUCAAAAUAAUGAUACACAACUAGAGUUAAUAAAAUAAUGAAGUUCGUUGAAAAACUGUGCCUAAAAUGUAACCGCAAAGUAGUGAAUGUAACAACACAGUGAUACAUGUUCUAAGUCCAGCAGCAAGAGGAGGUAGAAGUUAGACCGCCAGAAACAAGAGCAGCACGGCGCGUUGACCUAGAGGCUGGCACAGAGUUUCGCGUGCUGGUGGAUGACAAACUCCACUUAUGAAGACAUAUAUAAAGAUACUAAGUAAUAUGCAUAGAAUUGAAUUCAAUAUUGGAAUUAGACUGAUAGCGCCGCUAGAAGCUGGCGCCUCCGCUCAAACCUUGUGGGUCGUCUGCUUCGUUUUUCAUAACUACCUUGGUGGUUGGUCAUCUUACGCAAUUCUUAAUUCAAAACAAGCGUUAGCCUGCUACUCUAAAAUCUGAGCCAGUGACUGUCAGAGUGUGUAUGCCUGAUCGCGGUACCACUGCAGGUGAAGACAUAUCGAAGAAGACAGUGGAGCUCUUCGGAAAGGAGUUGGUAUUUUUUCGCUUUUUUUGGUAGAAAUCCCAAAAAUUUCGACUACCUAUAUUUCAGUUACUCUGACUUACUCGACGAGGCUGGACAUCAAACGUUUAAUUUAACUACAUGACGCCCUGGACAUCAAACGUUUAAUUUAACUACGUCGUUGCAUCUACGUAAACGUACUACUACUACUACACUUACAUCAUUCAUCAUUCCAUCUGCAGUAAAUCAACUCCACUUGCUAAUACAUAUUAGUCUAGUAUCCCUCACCACCACAUCCACCACAGUGCCUCGAGCAAGAGGCACUGUGGUGGAUGUGGUAGACAGCGACGGGCCUCCGAUAAUCUGACUUCGUAGCGACUAGCUCAUCGUCGACUUCCUUUGUCUCUCUUCUUUGUCUUUUACCUUUGUCAAAGCCUCAAAAGUCUCUCCGUCUAGGCCCAUCUUUAGGCCAAGAUAUAAAGGAAAAAAAUGCAGUAUACCGUGGCGCAAGAAAGAAAAAUGACGAGCGUCGACUUUCGUUCUAGCUUAUACGAGAUACUAUCCCUCACCACCACAUCCACCACAGUGCCUCGAGCAAGAGUACCCGAUAAUGCCGGGAUCUCGAUGCGGUUUCUUCACUUGGAAGGGUUGCACGCUGUCGAUCUCCGGACCCACAGUUCAGGAAUUCUUAAGGCGGAAAAUCACUUGUCACCUCAACAUGAGUUCUCCUUUCGUGGUAAAAGUGGACAGCUAAAGUACAGGAAGCCAUUUAUGACUAGACAGAAUCACUACUCCUACUUCUAAUACCUGCAGCUGCGAAUUCGCAGAUGAGUGUCUAUGCGGCUUGUGCAGCGGUAAUAGAGCGCAGACGACAGAGGGCAUUGGAAGUUGGAGCGGCUGCGCCUAGGGUAAUGGUGUGUGGGUCGGAUGGUAGUGGGAAAUCAGUAUUGGGCGAGACGCUCUGGCACUACGCCAUAAGGAGAGGCAGGAUGCCUAUUUAUGACCAACCGUCAUUUGACUUUCCGUAUAUUUUCGCAGGAGAUGGUAAGAGUAAGUGUCAUUUGCUAUCUCGUUUACUAGAAGCAGAAGGAGAAGUUUUACUUUUCUUCUAUUUCUAGAAUUUAUAAUAUCCCAAGCAAGCUGCUAGGGCGAUAAUUUUCAAGAAGAGUAUACUAAUGAAUUUCUACAACUCCAGGUCCAGUCGCAAUAAAAUGAUUUCCAGUCCUACCAUCUCUGGAAUUCAACGUACUUACAAAAUAGAAAUACAACACCUGUUUAUCCGAAAAGAAAGAGAAAGUGCGUCCUUCAUUCCCCUUUCGUCGAUGCCGAUUGCCGGUAUACUGCUAGCGUGUCGCAGUGUUUGCAAGGGCUGCCUGGUUGUGUGCAUGCCACGAUAGGCGACUACUUGGAGGAUGACAAGAGCAAGAGGAUAACCUUUUUCUAUGGACACCUACAUUGGCGAGACAACCCAGCUCUCUACGAACAGGUCUGCCAGCGAUUGAGCAUGGUCGUCAAUAAGAAGCUUGCUUUAGCAGUACUAGGGAAUCAAUCGGACAUGGAGCAAAUGCGUGGGGACACUAGGUCAACUGGGGAGAAAGGGGAAGGUAUUCUAACUGACAUAUUUUUUUGCUUGAGAACCAGGUGUACUGCAUCUUCUUCUGAGAAUGGUUAUAAUUCUAACGAGUUGUGUCCACACACUAUAAUUCUUGUGCCCAGUCCUUCCACCCAAUUUUGUUGUGCCCAGACGAUGAAAAGAAUCCUUGAUGUCCUUCCAUCUCCUAUUAACAACAUCAACACAUCGUCCACAAACUAACACGGUGAUACAGAUAGCAAGCGAGUAGCUCAGUCGGGUUUGAUUCUCAACGCGCCAGCGGCACCUUCCGUAGACAUACUAGCGACAUUGGCGAAGCAGUUUUACAUCGACACAAUUAUCUGCCUGGAUGACGCUAGACUCGCGGAAGAACUGAAAACGGCUUUUGAGGUAAUAUCGUCAUGGUCACCACCUUGUUGUAUGUUAUACAGAUCUUGAAGUAGUACAAAAAGGCUGAAGGACCUCUUUACUACUUGACCACGAAGUGCCUGAGGUAACAUGACAUGACAUAGUACAACUUAGUAGAAGUCAGUUUCUUGACCCGCACAUCUUAAAACUCACAGGCGGACAACGUAGAUGUUGUCCUUUUAGAGAAAACGGAUGGCGCGUUUCUCGAAGACCAGCAAACUCUUCGAAUGCAGCGCCAUCAGAGAAUUUACGGUCACGGAUAAGUUUCAGCAUCAGUUUGCGAGUAUCAAGAUCCUUACUAGAGUCUUUAGAGUAGACUUUGACAGAAGCGUCCAGGAGAAGCUUAACGCAACUUUGAGUAGAUAGCUAGACGAUUCUUCGUUCUUGUGAGAUCACGAACCAAUAGCCUCGUGAGCAGCCUUGUUUAUUUCAUUCUACUUUGGUAAAUUAUGGAUGCUGAUGUUCAAUGUAUGUGUGUCUCCAUCAUGGUUGUUUAAGUUUUGGUGACUAUAAUGGAUAGUUGUCCCAUCCUGCCUCCCUCUUUCAUUGCCAGCGAGACUACUUCCAGGGUGUGAGUCCAAUAUCGAACGGCUUUCCCAUCGGCGACAAUGGAAAACCGAAGAGAAAUUUCGGGUUGACGUAUUUUUCUCCGCUAACCGCCUACCAUGCGUCUUUUCCACUGCAUCAAAUCAACCUACUGCAGUAUGGAAUCCAGUUACACUAUAGAGCGGACGAGCACGGACACAUUCGGUCGAUUCCGCAACUAAGUACUACUGAAUCGCGACAGCUAUUUGUUUUCCAUUUACUACGGCCAGGAAGCUGGUCCAGGCCUAAAAAUGCGAAUGAUUUCUGGGGCUCUUACUGGUCUACCGCGUCGGAGUGGAGCUGGAGCGCAACAAGGGGCGCGUGUUUGCGUGCAUGCUUUGCGGCAGCAGUUGCAGAGCGGCGGCGCCUGCUUGCUUGUUAGUCUUUGCGCGGUAUGCCUCGGCGACUCCGCCAGCCGCAUUCCCCCGGUGCUACUCAGCGCCAGCGCGAGACGAGGCGGCAGCAGGCGCGCGCCGUAAGUCUUACGCCCCAGGCAGCUAGGAAGCAAGCAGGGGCCACCAGAGGGGGACCUCGGUGCGCGCGGCUUGGCGUUCAUCUUGGUCGCGCCUUGCCUCUUCUGGGUUUUCCAUCGAGGCUCGUAGCUACUUAAGCUCAGGAGAGGCCCUGCAGCUAUUAGGCCCCGCAGCGGUGGAGACUGUUGGGGCAGCUGGGUGCCAGCAGGCGAGAGGUAUUGACUCCAGGGCGGCACCCUCUAGGCCCAAGCCUCUCCCAAGCUGCCUGAGGCGAUGGACUUGGUCUCCCGCGCUGGAGCUAUUGGCGCUCUGCGCCUGGUCUUAGUGUGCAGAUUAAUUUCAACGAGGUUCUUCGAUCCUAUUACUUGUUGACAAGGAGCACACUCGCCGGCGUUGUUAUGGAGCCGAUGGAUCCCAUUGCAAUGCAACCAAUUCACUUUUUCGCAACUGUGACACGAUGGACGCGCUUACUGAUAUUCGCAAGAAGGCGCCGGCAUUCGAAGGCCCCGCCGAGGGCGCCCGCAGUCUCGCCCUCCGCGUCGGCGCCGAGGUCAUUUUUGACGUGCUAACCAAUGCUGCCACUCCAGUGUCGACGCCGCAGGGAACGAAGGGCCGCGCCUAGUCUACAGCCAUUGCCUUAGGUGAGGCGGUUCGCAUAUUUUUCGCCAACCCCAACGGACGCAAUGCGAGUGCGGUCAUGGCUGGCAGAGAGCGCUAUGGGGAUGGGCUUCGAGUGGAAGGCAGCAGCGGAGCGGACUAUCGCUGGCUACCUUCUGCGAUUGGGUCGGGUGUGGGUGCGUUUGUCUUAUAUAGUGCGCGCGUUUUAGAAUACCACGGCGCAAGCCUGGCGUGGUGUUUUCAAUGGGGGCCGUCGCGUGCGGGCAUGAUGCGGCAGCAGUUCGACUAUUUAGCGCCAUUCUGCGCAUGUGAUCGCAGCGGGGCUCUGCGCGUUUUUGGGCGUUUAAAAACGGGUGACGUGGAGCAUGUAGCUUAGCCACCAUCGCCACGAGAUCCAAGCGACUAGGCGCUUGCGUUGGUUUGGUGGCCAGGCAGGGUGAUGCAUUUGCAUAGCGUGGCCGCGGUCAGGGUGGAGGGGGUGCCGAUAGCUUGGCGUGGGUUGCAAUUUUGCAGCGGGUGAAGCUGGUGGCGUGUUUCUGGGGGGGUCUCUACCGCCAGGCGCAAGAAUUUGGCGGCGGGUGCAUUCGGGGGACUACGUGGGCAAGAACGUGGGCGGGGGAGGGUUUUCGAGGUGAGUGGAGGGCGCAAAGCCGUCCGCGAGCUGUGGGCAGCCGGAGCAACUGUCUGGAGGACAGGGCGAAAGCCUCGGGGAAGCGGCGCGCAACACCAAAGCGGGCGCGCCCGCAAGGAGAUGAGUGCAUUGCUGCUGGUCGGUGUCUUCCCGGCUGUCUGAGCAGGCGGGCUGUGUGCCUGGGUGGGGCGCCUUCGCCCACAGGCGGAAGGGCCCGCUCGCUGCAGGUUGUGCGGGCGCAAGGAUGGAAUUUCAGGCUCUUCUAGUAUGGUGUAGCCCUUGCCGCGCGGAAGCUGUCGUGUUUGUUAGUUCUUCUAGUCGUGCUCCUAGAAGUUUGUAACUAGUCGCUGCAGUAGUUUCCUCUUCUGUUUCUUUUUCAUUUCGAUUGAAUUCGUUGAGUCUUUUUUUGUUUGUAGUGCUAGCGAGUUCUGAUAAAUCAAAACCUACCUGCGCACUUUCCGCGUGGGUACCGGCAUGAGGGAGAGUGGAAUUCUCGAAAUUAUCCAUGGCAUCGGCGUAUUGGUAACAAGUUUGUUAAUUUAAAGUAGUGGCAAUCGAAUCAUCUUCUACUCUUUCUCUUCAGCAACGAGUGUCUUCGACCGCUCUCGGCUAAGCGAGCUGAUCUACACGGCUUUGGCUGUUAUUCGCGCUACUUCGGAGGAAGAUCUGCAGUACAUGCAGGUCGCCGGGUUCCUUCUAGUAACGGGGAUCGAUCUAGAGCAGGGUAUUUUGCACGUCGCUAUGCCUGACGUCCCACCGCUACCCUCAAACUACUUCCUCGUUCCCUCCGACAUUCGAAAUAUGACUUUUCUCGACGCGCUUGGCUGAGCACAUGGCAUUGUAAAAACUGCGUGGAUGGAGAGUCUUUCAUGUCUGUGUGCCAGGUUUUUGAGCACCACAACGGAACAACGCUCUUCACAUCCCACCUACUUCACGACCAACGACCCUUCCCCUGCGCCUUAUUCCCUAGUUAUAACUAUCCUCAAACUCAAUGUCUCAAAGCCACAAGGAGCUGUCCCGUGUAUGACAGUUUCAC